AACAGUACACAAUGUGUGUUGCGUAGUAUGUACUUUCACUGAACCUUGACAACCUUUAAGAUCUCCUUAAUUUUGGACAAAAUUUCUCCUCAUUUUGUUUGGACCAAAUUGUAACAAAAUUUUACUCCAUAAGAAUAUUUGUUGAGUCGUGGGGGCUCUGUGAAGUUUUGUACACCGAACAAUGUCCUCCCGAGCCACCGGUAGCCUGCUUAGGCGACUGCCCCAUGGCCGAAUCUUUCGUUUGAGCCUUUUGAGGCUCCAGAUCCGCUACUAUGGCGAUCAUCCGAUGGAGAUGGACUGUGCCACUUUCCAGGCGUACAGGGAGCAGAUCGCCAAGGCUCUUCAAAAGCGCAAGGAUGCCAAGAAGAAAUGCAACGCCGCCAAGCAGGUGAAGAAGGAUGCGGCUCGGCUGAAGAAGCAGCUUGACAAGUGCAUCGAGAUCAAGACCAAGGGCGUGAUGGAGAAAGUCGAGUGCAUGUCUGAGGAGGAGCAACAGGCCAUGGAGGAUAUGAUGGAUUGCGUGAUGGCGGGCAUUAAGUCUACUUGCCUGAAGCAAGUGCUUCAAAGGUACUGCAAGGAGCAGGAGAUGAAGCGGCGUUUCGCUCGACUUAUCAAGGAGAAGCAUAUUAAGGACAUGGUGAAGAAGUGUGCGUCCCAGUUGAAGGGAAGUUCAGAAAGUGAAAAGGCAGACUCGGCGGAGGAGUGCGAGGAUCCAGAAGCUGAGAAGGCCGAAAAGGAUCACAAGAAAAAGAUUGCCUUUGCACAGAUGUGUGAGGAGAGGCAACAAAAUGAAAAGUGCAUGGCAGAGGUCGCCAAGCUUCUGGAAAACGCAGGUUGUGAGAAGGAUGAAGGAUCAGAUUCCAAUGAGACUGAGAGCAAAGAUUCUGCUAAGAGUGAUAAGACCAAGGACUCCAAUGGGGAAGAUAGUAAGAAGUCCAAAGGGGAAGAUAGUAAGAAGUCCAAAGGAAAAGCUAGUAAGAAGUCCAAAGGGAAAGCCGCUAAAGGGGAAUCUAGUAAGUCCAACGGGGAAGCUUGUAAGGAGUCCAAAGAGAAGAAUGGGAAAUCAAAGGAUCCCAAAAAUGAUAGUAAGUGUGAAGACGAUUCCCAAUCAGGCAAAUCAAAGGAAAAGAAUAAAAAAGCAAAAGGUUCAGACAAAGAAGCAAAUGGUUCAAAAAAAAAUCGAAAGGCAAGGACUCUAAAAAAGGAGCAGAAAAAGGAGAAAAGGAGAAACCUCAGGGUGAAGAGUCCAAGCCUACUUUUAAGUCACCAUUUACGGAAAAGAUGGAUAAAUGUAUGUGCGAAGAAUUAGAUGUUAUUGAAGAGGCUCACGAGCGGAUGAGCCCUAAGGAAAAGAAGCAACUUUUUGAACUCAAAGAUUGCCUUACGAAGCAAAUUAAGGAGAGAUGUCGCAAGAAGGUGAUACAGGAGAUGUGCGAUGAUAUCAGAGGAAAGCCCCUUCCCAAAAAGGAUAAAUGCAAAGAUUCGGGUGAAGCCGAAAAGAAGCCGACGAAACCAAUUGAAAAGCGCGCCCAAGAAAACUGGAAAGACGUGUGUCCCUUAAUUCAGGAACUAGCCGAUAAACAUGGUGUCGAUUUUGAUGAAGCAUCGUGUGAAGUAAAGGAACUAAUGAAGAAGUCUUGUCAAGAAGAGGCCGAAGCAGAAAAAAAGCAAGAUAAACAAAUGAUGGACAAGUGCAAGCAUGAGGCCUUACAAGAAAAGUGCAAAUGUUUAAAAGAACUGAGAAAACAAGAAGACAAGGAAAGGGAAAAACGUCGCGCCGAAGAAGAACAGAAAAAGAAAUGUGCAGAAUACAAAAAAAAGGAAGAAGAGGAAGAAAGAAAAAAGAAGCGCGAAGAAGAAGACCAAAUGCAGAAGUGCAAAGAGAAAGAAAUUAUGACUAGUUGCAUGGAAGAAGAACUCAGAAAGAAAUGCGAGAAAAAAUCUGAAGAUGACCAAUUAAUGACUCCCGAAGACAAACAGGUGAUGGAAAAGUGUGAGGAAAAUGAGAUUCUGGAGAAAUGCAAAAAGAAAAUGUUGGAAAGCCGACGUAAAUACCAGGAAAAGAAAAACAAAGAAGAUGAAAAACAGAGGGAAAUUGAGCAAGAGAAUAGGUGCAAAGAGUUAAAGCAACAAGAAAAG